UGUCCAGGUGCAGGGUGGAUCUCCUAAGAUUCCGCGGGGGCGAUUCCAGGGGAUGGAGUCCUCUGAGGCCAUGGACAGCUCUUAGGAGGUUGCGGGGAGUGGCGGCACCGGGGGACCCUGGCGCCCCGGGGUGAAAGGACGUUCGUAAUAUUUGGGUCCUAUUUGAAAGAUGCGAGGUGGAGAUGGCAGCCUGAAGGAGGGAUGCAGAAAGGGAAGGAGCCUCUCUAAAUUCUCCUCCACUUUCUCACACAGAACAGAAAAGAUCAGGAGGGGUGGAAGCCGAGCCCUUUGGGAGGCUAGUCGACCAAAAGCCUCAAUUCGCCGGACUCCGGGUACCUCGUUACUCUGUUCCCGCCUGUACCUCGGCCGGAACUCUCUUGCCCCAAGGCUUGGUUCGGCGCCGGACAGGAAAAGCAGAUGGACCCACAGGAGGAAAGCGGAGUACCCGGUCGGGAAAAGCGGGGACCCGGGUGGAAGCCGCUCUCGGGCGCCAGCGGAGAGGCCAGCGGGCGCCAGCGGGCUGUGGGGGGCAACAGCCCUAGCAGGUGGAAUUGGGCUAUUUGCUGAAGCUUCUUUCCCUCGUAGCCCAGGGAGAAAUUUACAUUUGGACUUUUAUCUUACCAUGGCUUUGGUUCACAGAUUUCUGAAUGGGGCUUAUAUUUUCAGACAUUGUCCUAAGCCAAGUGCCUCAUGUCCAUUUUUGGGUACUCGUUUUGCAGACUAUUGUUCUAGUAGUCUUCAGAAACCCGUGGCUGCUCCUGGCAAAACCUCCUCUCAGAGGAAUUCUGAAGGGGAUUUGCAAGGACAUCACCAGAGAGAAGUUGCUUUGGAUAUAACCUCUCCUGAGGAGAAGCCUGAAGUUAGUUUUGAUAAAGCAAUUAAAGAUGAAAUAAAGGACCAUUUUAGGCGUUUGAAGGAUGAUCUUGUGAAUCAUUGGAUAGGCCCUGAAGGCCGCCCUCUGCAUGAGGUCUUGCUGGAACAAGCCAAGGUUGUCUGGCAGUUCCGUGGAAAAGAAGAUUUGGAUAAGUGGAUAGUGACUUCUGAUAAGACUAUUGGAGGCAGAAGUGAAGUGUUCCUGAAAAUGGGCAAGAAUAAUCAGAGUGCACUGCUGUAUGGAACCCUGAGCUCUGAGGCGCCUAAGGAUGGGGAAAGUGGCCGCAGUGGGUACUGUGCAAUGGUAGCCAGGAGUCCAAGGGGCCCUUUUGAGAGAAAGAGGGCUUAUGAUUGGUCCCAGUUCAACACUCUGUAUCUCCGUGUACGUGGAGAUGGUCGGCCUUGGAUGGUGAAUAUCCGAGAGGACACGGAUAUAAUCCAAAGGAAGAAUCAGAUGUACAGUUACUUCAUGUUCACCCGUGGGGGGCCCUAUUGGCAGGAGGUCAAGAUUCCUUUCUCCAAAUUUUUCUUCUCUAAUCAAGGAAGAAUCCGGGAUGCCCAGUACCAGCUUCUGCUUGACAAGAUCUCUUCUAUUGGAUUCACUCUGGCUGAUAAAGUGGAUGGUCCAUUCUUCCUAGAAAUAGAUUUUAUUGGAGUGUUUACGGAUCCAGCCCACACAGAAGAAUUCGCCUAUGAAAAUUCUCCAGAACUUAACCCAAGACUUUUUAAAUAGAGAUGGUAAUUUUGUACUACCAAACUAAGAGUAGUAUUAUCCAUGACGACAGAGACAAAAUAAAGUACUUCUUUAAUGGCUUCCAACCAA